CGAUACACAAUGAAGUUCCAGUACAAAGAAGACAACGUUUUCGAGAAAAGGAAGACUGAAGGCGAGAAAAUCCGGAAGAAGUAUCCCGACAGGGUUCCGGUGAUCGUUGAGAAGGCCCCUAAAUCGCGUAUCGGCGAGCUUGAUAAGAAAAAGUACCUGGUACCCUCUGACCUGACGGUCGGCCAGUUUUACUUCCUUAUCAGAAAGCGCGUUCACUUGCGUCCCGAAGACGCCCUGUUCUUUUUCGUCAACAACGUCAUUCCACCAACCAGUGCCACAAUGGGAUCAUUAUACAAUGACCACCGUGAAGAAGAUUACUUCUUGUACAUUGCAUAUAGCGAUGAAAAUGUAUAUGGACGAGUGUAAUUCACUUUGGAAAUAUCGGUUGGUUGUUUUUUUCAUUGUUCAUUUCAAAAUGCACUCUUUGAAUAUUUAAUGACCAAAAAAAAGAAAUAAAAUGUAUUAAAAAUUGGUUAUAUAUUAUACCAAAAACAAAAAAAAAAAAUAAUAAUACUAUUAUUAUGUUUAUGAUAUAAGUUUCUCAUAUAUAGCGGUAUAAAAGUUAUUUUAUAUUGCUAUAAAAAGUAUGACAUGUUUAUGUAUUGUUAGAUACUAU